UAAACUAUAGUAGUAGAAAUUGUGGUAAUGAAGAAAUUGAAGUUUUCUAAUAGGAACCGGUCAAUCCAUGACGAAUUGUCAAAAGAACUUGUUUUGGCACCAUUUAAGAGGUUGUGGCGUUGCCCGUUAUUUAUCGGUCUAUUAUGUAAUUUUCCUAAUACUUAUGAAAAUGAUGUUUAUUAAGAAUCGAAAAUAACUUUAAGGGUUGAAAGGUAAAUAAAUGUAAAGAUGAUGGACUAGUUUUGCAAAUUCAAACAGGUGCCCCUGAAGAAGCAAAGCGAGAGAAAGCAACGUUCGAUCGAUCGAUCUUCUUCUUCUUCUUCUUCAUCUUCUCUCUGUUCAUCAAAACAUAAACAAACACCUUCCACAGAUUCUUCACUCUUCCAGGAUUGACUGAACUGUGAUGUGAUUUUGGUGGGAUUAGUUGCUUACAAUCUGAGCUUGAUCGACAGAGAACAUAAUUCAUAUGGGUACUUUGGUAAAUUGAUUCAUUGGAUGGGCAUUCUUAUGAUACCGCAAGGAUUAGUAGUAUACUAACAUGGUCCUUACUUGGUUCAGUCUUGGACAUAGUAACCCGUUAGGUGAAUCAAUAUGACACUCGAAGACUUCUUUACCGUAACCGAGUUAGAAAAUGGGCUCACAACUCCAACCAGAGUUAACGACCUCAUCACCGUUAUGCAAAACCAGAAAGAAUACACCGUGAAAAACGUUACUGAAGCAACCCAACAAUGGUCCGCUGUUGCAACCACCAUUGCAACCACCGAGAAUAAAGAGUGCCUUGAUCUUUUCGUCCAGUUAAAUGGACUCAGGUUCAUCGACAAAUGGCUCAAUGAUGCUCAAAAGCUUAUAGAUGAUAGCCAUGAUACUGGAAAUGGUGGUUUGGAAGAGUUAGUCAUUGCGUUGUUACGGGCACUCGAUAGGCUGCAGGUGGACCACCGUCAGUCUGUUGAUUCAGGCGUUGGGCUAACCGUGCAGGGUCUUCUUGAUCAUAGUAGUUUAGUGGUUCGGGAGAAAGCUAAAGAUCUUUGUGAUAGGUGGGCCCCGGUUCAGAAUAUCGAUGGAACAUCAACAGAUGUCAAUUCAGUUGAUAUAGUUCAACAAGAAAAUGUGGAACAACCGGCAUGCUCUGAUACCGUUCAACAAGAAACGGGUAAAGAAGAGAUAGUGGCACAGGAAGUAAUUAUGGAAUCUGGAACAGAAACGGAAAUGGAAACAACCAAGGUUGAAAACGAUAAAUCUGAAUCAGAAAGUAUACCUGCAAUGGAAGCUUCUGGUCCUUUGGAAGACGCCAAGGAGAAGCAGAAUGUUGACUCUCUGACUACAUCAUCUAGCCCUAUGGAGCACGAAACUUUGACUUCAAAUACCGAAGUUGACCAUGCUUUGGAGUCUGCUACAAAGACUGAAACAAUGGAAGACAAGAGUGACAAAGAUGAAGAGAUGGUGGACGGUGGGGAACCUGAACCUCAAUCUCAAUCUCCAGACCAUCAGAAUACAACAGUGGAAAUCAACACCACUAGCGGAAUUGAUUAUUCCGCUAGUGGUGACGGUGGUGACGGUGUUGGCGGUUUGCAGGAAUCGCCAGGUGCAGAGAACCCUAAAUCACCUUUAUCUAAAUCGUUAUCAAAUACAGAAAGUGAUGAAGAUGAAAAGAAAGAUAACGAGAGUGAUAAUGAUUCCGAGAGUCGUUCACCUAUAUCUAAACCGUCAAAGAAAAGUCAAAACGAUGAUUUGAUUACCAAGAGACCGUCUGAUAUGGAACUGGAUUAUGGAAUGGUGGAUCCGUUAGAGCUUGCUAGACAAGUUGCUAUUGAAGUCGAACUAGAAGUUGAUUCCCAGGAACAAAGUUGCAGUGUCAGUACUUCUACAAAUGAAAAAGAACAUCAAUCUACUGGGGGACCAGGUACCGAGGUUUCAUCUGGACCCGUACCCGCACCGGAACCUAUAAUUGAUUCGGAAACACUUGAUAACCCAGCUUCUCAAAUUACCAAGAUGGAAGAAUCGGGGCUUAAUUCCGAAAAGGGUUUUUCUGGGUUUGAUCUGAAUGAAGAAGUUUCUUUCGAUGAAACCGAAACGGACCGUCCAGUGGACCCGGACCUGCUUUUGACUCCAAUCGCGGUCGUUUCUGCUUCCAGGGCGGCUGCAGCAGCUGACGGACCACCUGUUGCUCCUUUGCAAUUCAAAGGUACUCUCGGCUGGAAAGGUUCAGCCGCCACUAGUGCUUUUAGACGGAUCCCUGAAGGUGAAAAGACAUUUUCGUCCUCGUCAAGCCACAGCAACUCGAACCAACGUGUGAACCACCGUUUUGAAUUUGAUCUAAAUGUGGCUGAAGGCAGUGAAGAUAAAUUCCAAGAUUUCUUAUCUCAAGACAAAAUCGAAGAGCCUUCGAAACUGCAGUUGGAUCUUAAUAGCCUUGGGGACAGUGAUGCUAGCAUUGUUACAUUGGAUUGGAAACGCGAUGUAUCCUCGUCAAUGCAGCCUUCUUUCAGAAACAUUGAUUUGAAUUUAAACAACCACUUGACAACUGUCACAACUUCAAAUAAUACGUCAGCUAAUAAUCCGUUUCUCGGUAAGUUACUCAACAACAAACGAGACGAAUCUGUUAUCUCCAUUUUCGGUACCCAAGUUGAGGUAAACCGCAAGGAUAAUAUUAAUAAUAUUAUUAAUAUUCCUCCCGCUCAGCCUAACGGAAGGAUUCUAGAACCUUCUGUAGACUUCAACUUGGGGAGACCCGGGUCGGGUUUAGGGCUCGGACCUUCCAUGCCCUACUCUAAUCUACCUGCCUAUGGUUACGGCCACAAUGGUUUUACAAUGGGACCCAUGUACGGCCCACCCGGUGCACCGAUCCCAUACAUGGUUGAUUCAAGAGGGGCCCCUAUCAUCCCACCCAUCCAGCCCAUCGCGUCCGGCUUUUCACAACCGACUCAGCCAUUCUUCUUCAACAUGGCUGCACCCGGUGCACCAUCUGGCUCAAAUGGUGCCGGCCCGUCUCGUAACAGUAACACGUUCGAUCUGAACCCUGGUUUCAUACCCGAACGGGGAAAUCGUGAGAAUAACAAUAACAACGGAGGGUUGAGACAGUUUUUCAAUCACAAUCAAGCUUCUUCUUCGAGUUCUGUUAUUGGAGGGAAACGCGAACAACCUGAUGGCGGAUGGGAUUUGUUUCCGAUUAACUAUAAGCAUCAACAACCACCAUGGCAGUAGAGGUUUGUUUGUCGUUGUUAUUCAUCUUGAUCUGGCCCCUUCUCUCGUUUUAUCAGUUUUUAUUGCCGUAGUUUUAUAGAGUAGGCUAGCUGUUAACUUUAGUUGGAGGGAUGCUAGUUCGAUUCGAAUAAAACGACUCGUUGUUAUGGUGUUGGAAAGCGGGGGGUGGGGGAAGCAGGUGUAAUCAAUCUUAUUCAUGAGGAGAUUAAUUGGGAAAAGAAAGUAGGUUCACAGUGAUUUAUUUGUUUUCAGAACUUUGUUUACAUAGAGUUGUAAUUUCUUCAACAUAAAUAUCAAAGAAAUUUAGAGAAGUGGUCUUUUUCCAUCA